AACCUCACGUCCCAACAAAACCCGUCUCUAUCGCCGACGGUUUAUCUCCGGCCGUCGGAGCUCCUUAUCGCCUCAUUGACUUCGCCGGGAACUCUCACGGCGAUGACUCCUCAGUCUCAUCGUUCUCCGGCGUGAUCGACGAUUUUCCGAUCGUCAGCGGCUUUCCAGUCAUUCCUGGUCGGGACUCGGAAGGACCUUCAAUCUCGCUAUUCUAGGUUUUUUCUCUGUCCGGUUAUACGUGCCCGUGGGUGUCGCAAUUAAAAUGAGAGUUUUGGUCGUGGUUCACCGAUUUGAUUUAUAGCUUUGGUGAGAAUAUGUGAGAGCUAUACGAACAGCUUGAUGAAUGAAUGCGAAAUCGCUUAACGAAAUUGCUUUUGCUUCUGUGAGUUGAGGAAGUUGAGUUGGAAUUUGUGUUGAUUGUGUUGAGAUUUGAUGCUGGAUCUCAAUCUGGAGGUCGGUUCGGCGGAAUCGAUUCAGGAGGGAGCAGACUCCGCCAGGGACAAGGGGAUUUCGGGUGUUGUGUCGAAUCAGAUGGAUGAAUCGGUGACUUCGAACUCCUCCGUCGUCAACGCCGAUGGGACUAACUGCGUCGACGGGGAAGAAGAAUCGUGCUCCACACGCGCCGUCACGUUCCAUUUUGAUAUACUGAAAGGUGGAGACAGAGAAGGAGAAGCAGAGAAGGAAGUAGUGAUGACCAAGGAGCUCUUUCCGGUCACUGGAGGUAACGGAAAUGGCAGGGGCUGUCUGAUUUCGGAGCAACAAAGUUGCAAAAACUCCGUUGAUAUUUCCUUCCAGAGUUGGAAACAAGCUGGUGAGAUUCUCGGACAUGGCGUCGGCGGCGGUGCGAAGCGGGAGAUGCAGCAAACUUCACGGCCGGUGAAGAAAAGCCGGAGAGGGCCAAGGUCUAAGAGCUCGCAGUACAGAGGCGUUACGUUCUACAGGAGGACUGGGAGAUGGGAAUCACAUAUCUGGGAUUGCGGUAAACAAGUAUAUUUGGGUGGGUUUGACACUGCUCAUGCUGCAGCUAGGGCCUAUGAUCAGGCUGCAAUUAAGUUCCGGGGUUUGGACGCUGAUAUCAAUUUCAGUGUUAGCGAUUACGAAGAUGAUACCAAACGGAUGGCGAAUCUUACCAAGGAGGAAUUUGUGCAAAUACUUCGCCGUCAAAGUACCGGCUUCUCAAGGGGUGGUUCAAGAUAUCAAGGAGCAAAAUUUGGCAGGGCUUAUGACAAAGCAGCCAUCGAAUGGAAUGAAAGGAACGCAACUGCCAAUAUUGAGGCUCGUGCUUAUCAGAUGAUACCUGAGGCAAGUAAUAGAGCUCAUGUAAAACUUGACCUCAACUUGGGAAUAUCUCCUCCUGUCGGGAAUUAUCCACAGCAAAAUGAGAGGAGCCUCCAGCUUCAUCGUGACCAUACUGAUAUUGUAGGUGGAUGGGACUCCAAGUUGGAGAACCGCAUGGCUGUUGCAGUGCACAAUCCGCCUUUCGAUUUCUUGAAGAGGGGUUCGGACCAUCCUAUUCCCUGGAAUGCAUCACCUUACCCUUGCUUUUCAGCCGAGGAAAGGAAACUGGAGGAAGGUAUCGUCGAGUCACGUUCUCGACAGCAAACGUUUCCUACCAGGAUAUGGCAAGCGCAAAGUCAGCCAUUGUUGGGCAAUGCAGCAUCAUCAGGAUUCUCAGUCUCGGCCACACCUUUUUCAUCCACCGCCUCUUUCCUUCCUCCUCGACCCUUCUCCAAUCUAACACUCUUCGGCCUCUACUUGGCCUCCCCAUCCACUGCGGGUAACACAUCUCACCCGUACCACCAUCUCAUGCAACCCCCACAUCCUCCGCCAUAGCUAUCAAGUGAAAACAUAAAUGAAGGAUCCAAUCAGGUUUCAGAUCCCGUAACUAUUGGAAGAAGCUGUCGGAACUUGGCCAUGAAUAGAUAGGCUUGAACCGGCGACACUGAGCCAAUGGAUUCACCUCAUGCGUACUAUACUACACUGUUCCAUUCUUUUUCUGUUUUUUUUUUUCUCCCUUUUUUUUGAAUUUUUGUAUUCGGGGUUUGUUUUUAGGUGGCAACGACAGAGACCCAAACCCGGAUUGUUUUUUUUUAUUACCGCGAUAUGCUUGAAAAAUUCGUGCUUUUUUCACGUGGGUAUUUCACUAACAAAUAAAUAUGCUUGAAAAUUC